AUGGACCUGCCCGUGCACCCGGAUCCCGCCCAGGCCCGCGGCGGCGUUUCCAGGCUCGUGCCGCGGCUGCAGGCGGCGGCAACGCUUGUGCGAAACGCGCGGCGGCUACCGCCAGCGUUCUGGUUGGCCACCGGCGUCUCAGGGUGCGUGAUGCUGCAGGUGGCGAAGGAACUGGGCGUGCGGCUGGUCAAGGCCGUGCUGCGCUUCAAGCUGCGCGAGCUGAUCGCGCUGGUCGCCGUCCGCGCCGCCAUCCGCCUCGCGGUUUCGCGCGGCGGGUUGGCCCUCGCCGAGGUGGUGGCCCGCGCCAGGGCGCUGCUGCCGGCGGCGGCUGCCGCACUGCCGGGAGAGCUGGCCGGCUGCCCCGCGCCAAUCGGGGAGCCACAUUCGGAGGAUGGUGCGCUCGAGGCAGCGCCGUGGCCGGCGGGCCCCGUCUUCUCCGGCCCUUGCCACCUGCCGGGCGCGAGCAGCGGGGCUCCCUGCGACGACCCGUCGCCGCCGAAUGCACGGCCGAAGCUGAUGCCGGCGGGCGGGGAGGCCAAGGACGAGCUGCAGGAGGGCGACCCCGAUCGCACCACUGUGCAGGGGAUCGGUGCCGUCUGGGCCAGAAAGGCAAGCUCGGCAGCACGCAACUGGUCCAUGACGCUCUUGAGCGAGGCCGUGAGGGCCGCCCUGGCGGAGAUCGCGUGGGUGGGCGUCCCGGAGGAGCGGCAGCGCGGCGAGGCCUGGCAGCUGCUGCUCGGCUACCGCCCCACGUCCAGGAGGCAGCAGGCGGGCGCCCUGCAGGCGCGCCGUUGUCAGUACCAGGAGAUGCGGUGCGGCAUAUACGAGGGCAGCUCCUGCAGCUCCAAGGGCGGCGGCGAGGCCAAGGCGGCAGCCCUUCAGCAGAUCCGGGUGGACCUGCCGCGCACGGAGGUGUGCAGGAGCAGCCCUGGCGCGGCGGCGCUGCAGGCCGUGGUCGACUCGGAGCUGGUGCAGGCGCUGAUGGAGCGGGUGCUGUUCGUGUGGUCCACCCAGGAGCCCGCCGCCGGCUACGUGCAGGGCAUGAACGACGUGCUCCUGCCCCUGCUCUUCGUGCUCCUCUCCGAGCGCACCGCCGCCCCCCUCGCGGAGGCCGCGCCCCACCGCCACCCACCGUGCUUCGAUUAUGUCUUGCCCGAUGCUGCCGACCAGGCCCCUGCCAGUUCUUCGGCCCCUCUGCCUCAUGCACACGAGGAAGACGAGGCAUCGCUGCUGCCAGAUGCCGACCGGAGAUCGGGCGUUGCAGCCGCAUCUGGAGCUGCUCGGCUCAGGUGCAUCCGAGCGGCGCUCGCCCUGAGGACGACGCCCCGCUGA